ACAAGUAGGAUGUGAUGUGGUGCACGGGUGCGCGCUACUCGCUAUAACUAAAAACCGAUCGACGUUGGAACGGCGUGCACGGUAUAUUAUAUGACUGGACCGUGUUUCUACUGUGCACUUGGCACGUCAUCCACCAAAAUAUUCGUGAUCUAACUAAGUGGGUAAUAACAAAUUAGAAGUUUUUAAAGAAAUACCUACCGAAAACACCGCCAGUACUAAUAACAACACGGUCUUGAUACAUUUCGCCGAUUAAGGUUUUCGGCGCGGAUAUGUUGUCAGCGCUCGCAGACCCGUUGACCGCGGCAAAGACGAUGGCCAUGCUCGUGUUAGGGCUAGGGUCGUUCGGGCUGGGCGUGCUGCCGCUAAAGUUGACCGAAAGAUGGGGUGGGGGCAGUAAGGAUUCGCAACCAACGCACGCUGGCCACUCACAUGCCGGGCACGCGGCUGCUGGUUCGUCCACGGUCGUUUCGCUGAUGCUGUGCUUCGGUGGCGGUGUGCUACUGUUCACCACGCUGCUGCACCUGCAACCCGAGGUCCGGGACGCUGUGGAGAAGCUGCAACGAGCUGGGCAGCUGCCCACCGGCCACGGGGCUGAGAACCUCGGCGAUUUGAUAUUCUGCGCCGGGUUCUUCAUGGUGUUCAUUGUGGACGAAAUCGUGCAUUUAAUGCUAGACCACCGCAGCACUGCCAAUGAGACGCUGCGACGAACAAUGAGCCUGAGGCGGCGGGCCGUGUCCAUACCACGGGCAUCGCUGGCCGGGUCUUCGGGAGCAGGUGGUUGUGGCGAAGUUGAUGGAGGCGGCAACGAGGCAGUGUCCACUGGGGACCGGUACCGGUCACUGGAGGACGGCGGCGGGCCUCGUGCUAAUAAAAUGUCUGACGGUGGUCGCACUGAGAGCCAGGCAGAAACAGUCCACGGUGGAGGCGAAAAUUCGUUUGGCGGUCUGUUCGCAGUACUGGCGCUGUCAUUUCACGAGGUAUUCGAGGGGCUAGCCAUCGGCUUGGAGGAGCGUGUUGACCACACUUGGUACCUAUUCGCAGCCGUCGCCACGCACAAGCUCAUCAUCGCCUUCUGCAUCGGCCUGGAACUGGCCUGGUCCAAAACCCAGCGGUCCGUGCUCGUCACGUACGUCGCCACGUUCGCGGCCGUCACCCCUUUGGGAAUUGCCGCCGGUAUGGUGCUUGUGCAGAACGCCGGCGCUGGUACUGUCGAUGGAACCCCCGGUCGGGUAGCGGUCGUACUGCAGGGGCUGGCUGCCGGCACGCUCCUGUACGUUGUGUUUUUUGAGGUCCUUGACAGGCACAAGCAGUCAGGAUUCCUGCACCUUUUAUCAAUCAUUUUUGGUUUCUGCGUUCUGUUUGUGCUGCAGCUUAUUACUCAUCAUCACAGUCACAAUCACGGCUUAGGCGUUGAUGAUAAACAUUCGUCUCACGAUCAUUCAACUCAUAUUCACGUGCACAAUCAUUCGUCCCACGAACACAUUCACCAUAAUUUACCUCACGAACAUGAUGAUUAGAAUUUCUCAAUUCUUCAAGUUGCCAAAUAAUUAACUGAAUCCAACGAAUUUAAAUUGAACCUAUACCUUUAUGAAGUAUACAUUGGUAUAAUUGGUUUGAUUAUUUAUUUAAUUUUAUAUAAUAUCCAAAUCAUAAAUAUGUGUGUUUAAUUUUAUGCAUUAAUUAUAUUAAUUAAGUUACUUUAAACAAAAAAAUAAAUUAUCUGUUCAAAUAAUUGUACGUAUACUUAUAAUAUAAAAAUAUACAUUGUAAAAUAAUAAUAAUUUAUCAAAGCUAUCCUUAAUAAAACACAUUCGAAAUGAUCGAUUAAAUGAUUAAAAUAUGUAGAUACUUACAUUUUUUUGGAAUCAAUAAAAGAAAA